UCGCAAAAUCUUUUCAUUCUCUUGAUUUGUGCCCUCCGAACGGUUAAGGCCCUCGACCGCGUGCUCCGCCGGGUUUUUCUUACAGUUGCUAGCGUCACCAGACCAGAUCCAUCGAAAAUGACCAAGAAGGCUGAUCCCUAUGGCUUCGCCAAGGAUUUCCUGGCCGGUGGUAUCUCUGCCGCUGUCUCGAAAACGGCCGUAGCACCGAUCGAACGCGUCAAGCUGCUGCUCCAGGUCCAGGCUGCCUCCAAGCAGAUCGCCGUCGACCAGCAGUACAAGGGUAUCGUCGAUUGCUUCGUUCGCAUCCCGAAGGAGCAGGGAAUCGGUGCCUUCUGGCGCGGUAACUUGGCCAACGUGAUCCGUUACUUCCCGACCCAGGCCCUGAACUUCGCGUUCAAGGAUGUGUACAAACAGGUGUUCCUCGGCGGCGUCGACAAGAACACCCAGUUCUGGCGCUACUUCCUGGGUAACCUCGGAUCCGGCGGUGCCGCCGGUGCCACGUCGCUCUGCUUCGUGUACCCGCUCGACUUCGCCCGUACCCGUCUCGGUGCGGACGUUGGUCGCGGUGCCGGCGAGCGUGAGUUCAACGGUCUGCUCGACUGUCUGAAGAAGACGGUCAAGUCGGACGGUAUCAUUGGUCUGUACCGUGGAUUCAACGUGUCCGUUCAGGGUAUCAUCAUCUAUCGUGCGGCCUACUUCGGUUGCUUCGAUACUGCCAAGGGAAUGCUGCCGGACCCGAAGAACACCUCCAUCUUCGUCUCCUGGGCCAUCGCACAGGUGGUGACGACGGCUUCCGGUAUUAUUUCGUAUCCUUUCGAUACCGUCAGACGACGCAUGAUGAUGCAGUCUGGCCGUGCCAAGUCGGAGGUGAUGUACAAGAACACGCUCGACUGCUGGGUCAAGAUCGCCAAGCAGGAAGGUUCCGGCGCGUUCUUCAAGGGCGCCUUCUCGAACGUCCUGCGUGGUACUGGUGGCGCUCUGGUGCUCGUAUUCUACGACGAAGUUAAGGCCCUGCUGGGUUAAGACGGGGAACAGCACGCACCUUAGUGUAAUUAGUUAUGUCCAGCCAGUCAGAACAGCAGCAGCAGCAGCAGUAACAUCAACAACAACAACAACCAUUAUAAUAACAUCCAAAUCAACACACACUUACCGGUAGCGAUCGGUCUUGGGUGCUGGUGCUGAUGGGAUUGAUACCCUUUAGCCACACAAUCACAGGCGAUCGCCGCUAGUAAAAAUGGUGUAUUUGCAAGACAAAAUUAACUGUUACAAAACCAAUAA